UUUCGUUUGUGUGUUUCGAGACACUGGAUACGAAACUACGGCAAAUGCACAUGCUGCGUUAUUCUUUAUAGAGGCGUCUCCUCGAAUUACUUUUGUAUGCCUCUCACAAUUGAAGCGUAAUUGAAUCUCAUGAUUUCAUUUCUACGAUGCGCGUCUCUUUUAUGGUCAUUGCUUUGUCAUUGUGGUGAGGCGAGGAGGUUCGAACCAGUGAGUGAGCGAGUGAGGUCAGGUUGAAAAGGACGUGUUCGUAUUGUGUCACUUAUAGUGGUACGGAUGUUGUGUGAGUGAGACUGGGAAGAAGAAGUGAAAGCAUAAUGUCCUCGCUAAUGUUGUUAUUACGCUCUUAUUCUUAACGCUAAGUUAGUCCAGUGUCGAGUGAGAUAAGUAUGAUGAAGUGGGAAUGGGGAUAAUUAAAGAAGAUAGUGAUGUAGAAGUUUAUAAUAAGAAAAUAAAACCGUGAACACACAGUCCUAGAGGUGCGAGUGCUGUAAAUGUUUACAAUUGAAGGAAGGUAGCACUCUUUAAACUCGCGAAGGAGGAGGAGAUUCUUGAGCAGGGCCACGAUGAACGGCUUGAGUAUCCGUGAUAUCUGUUGCCUGUUCUGCUGGCCGCCGUGCCCAUCUAGCAUCGCGGCUAAGAUGGCUUUCAUCCCUCCGGAGGCGACGUAUUCUUUCACUCCUGACGAGACUGGAUCGAGGCACAGCCUCCACCUGACGGAGAAGGCCGAGUGGCAGUUCACAGACAGAGAGAAAGAGACAAUCGAGGUGUUCUACACCCGCACCAACAGGGGCAAUAAGAUCGCCUGCAUGUUCGUCAGGUGUUCGUCCAACGCCAGGUUCUGCAUCCUGUUCUCCCACGGCAAUGCCGCAGACCUGGGCCACAUGAGCAGUUUUUAUUUGAGUCUGGGCACCAGGAUCAACUGUAAUAUAUUUAGUUAUGAUUAUUCUGGUUACGGUGUGAGCAGUGGUAAGCCUUCGGAGAAAAACCUUUACUCAGACAUUGAUGCAGCUUGGCAUGCACUUAGAACGAGAUACGGAAUAUCCCCGGAAAAUAUUAUUCUUUACGGACAGAGUAUCGGAACUGCUGCAACAAUAGACUUAGCAUCUAGAUACGAAGUUGGAGCUGUCAUUUUACACUCCCCAUUAAUGUCUGGGAUCAGGGUUUUGUUUAACACGAAACGCACCUGGUUCUUCGAUGCUUUUCCCAGUAUUGAGAAAGUGCCGAAAAUAACUUCACCUGUUCUGGUAAUUCAUGGAACUGAGGAUAAUGUAGUGGACUUCAGCCAUGGUUUGGCAAUUCAUGAAAGGUGUCCAAGAGCAGUUGAACCUCUUUGGGUUGAGGGAGCUGGACAUAAUGAUGUAGAACUCUACAGUCAGUACUUGGAGCGCCUGAAGCAGUUUGUAUCAGUGGAAUUGGUCAAUUGACGAAUUGGGGAAGCCCCCCCUCAACUCAGCCAAGGGGGGCUUAACCAUCAUCCUCGUAGCACAGCUGCUUACAGUGGGUCCACAUCUCGGGGAGCAAGUGAAGGACUUCUUUUGAGAUGUUGGGACACUGACAUGGGUAUGAUAGCUACAGAAGGUAUGUAUACUACCGAAGGUAUUAUGGCCUCAGAGGGUCGGCUUACAGCCACACUCGCCACUCCAACCCUCUCUUUGCAGGAAACCCCAUCGUCGGCUUGUGGCACCCCAACAAAUAUCACCACUGCCACUAAAAGUCCAGUAAAGCCUUCUCCUAAGCUUUCAAGAUCAUCGGCGGCACCAUCUCCCUCACCAUCAGUGUCCUCAACAGGUCAGUCUCCUGCUCCACAAUCAGAAUUACCUACUGUACCUCAAGAUGCCUCGUCUAUCACCCUCUCUACAACGCUGCUGCAGCAGCACCGUCGACAGCACUCAAGAUCUAGUUCAGCAACAGAAAAAUUACUGUGACCUUUGGAGUCCUUAGUAUAAUUUAAAUUGAUUCAGGAAAUGUGUUAAACAUAUAAUUUAGUCCGUCACCUUACGAAAUCAAUGCAUUUGGCAUUAUCAAGUGUAGUUUUUUGAAGAUAAAGACAUUCAUAAAAUGUUGUUCAGUUUUGUUGUAGUUUGUGAAGUCCUUCGGUUGAUCAAGGAAAACUUUGAGGGUUUUGUUUGUUGUAUCUCAGGUCAGUGAUUUUGCAAGUGUGAUUUGAAGAAAUGAUUCAAGUGUAGUUAUUUUCUUAUUGCAACAUAUGUAGAGGAACUGCUCUUGGUUAGGGCCUGUCACAAAUUUUGUACUACUGUAAUUUGAAGAGUGAAGAGAUACCAUUGUAACUUAAUUUGUUGCUGUAUCCAGAAAAGACAGUGACUAAGAAUGAUCAACUCUGGUACUUCAUUUUAAUCAAGGGCAAUUAGUGUUUUGCCUUUACAGGUAUAGCCUACCCACUGCUCACUUUCUUGUUUGAAUGUAUCCUAUGUCCAUAUUUAAUACAUUCAGGUCUCAGUGGCUGGAGUGCAGAAGCACUAACCAAUAGAGAAGUCAGAAGACUUGUUUGAGCUACCCUGUAGUGUUAUUUACUUCUAGAACGAGUCUUUUAAUAUGUCUGUUUUACUAGUGGGGUAAUAUUGACUAUAACUUGCAAAUUAUCAAAGAUUUGGUCUUCUGUUACCUUGUGACAUUAUUAGUUGAUUUACUAGCAUCAUAUAAAACAUAAAAUGUAUUUAGUUCACUUUCUCAGCAGAGCAUUUAUUUGUUUGAAAUGUGUGAUAAGUUUGGUUUAAAUAUUUCACCAAAAUCAUGGUCAGUAUUUGCAUCUUAAAAGUUGUUCCUAGUAACCAUACAAGCUUAACUGCACAAGGGUAGAAGUUUAGCCAUAAAUGGAGGUGAUAUUCAACUAUGGUCCCUCUCUCAUUACUAAACUUCUCAGCAACACUGCAUAUAUGUAUUUAUGUAUGUGUACACAUAUAUACUAUAUAUACACAUAUAUACUAUAUAUACACACACACAUUGUGUUUGUGAGAGGGAGAGAGAAGGUACAUGUAUGCACACACACAACAUUCACAAAGUAUAAUGUACGUACUUUUGUAUGGAUAAGCUUGUUGGUUACCAGUGGAAACCCUAAACAUAGGGUCAUAUUCUACUAGAAUAUUUCCAGCCUGAAAGAAGUUUUGUUUUAGAUAACUUUGACUGAUUUGUUACUUCCUAGUGAAAGUGUAGCUUAUGGUUACCCAAUGUUAUUUUCUCUGUAUGGUUCAGCAUAGAUAAAUCAUGAAAAUUUUGAAUGUAUUUCAUAUUUGUUUUAUAGGGAAGGGGCUUUAAAAUAGAAAUAUUUCCAUGCAAGUUACAUGAACCUUUCAUGAAAAUUUAACUAAGAAAAUAUGCAUGUGUGUGUAAUCCACAGUAUAUAUAUAUAUAUAUUAUAUAUAUAUAUAUAUAUAUAUAUAUAUAUAUAUAUAUAUAUAUAUAUAUAUAUAUAUAUAUAUAUAUAUAUAUAAUGAUGUAAGUGUGAAUGUAUGUAAACACUUGUGUGUAUGGGAUGCAUGUGUAAUUUAUGCAUGUACACUAAUAUAUAUAUAUAUAUAUAUAUAUAUAUAUAUUAUAUAUAUGGUAUAUAUAUAUAUAUAUAUAUAUAUAUAUAUCUGAUGUUUAAAGUAAAGUACAAAUAUAUCAUAUUUGUUGAGGUGGAGUGUUUGAGGUCCACUGGGUAUUUUUCUUUUUAAGUUUGCAGUCUCGGUGGUUUGUCUUCCUAGUCUGAUAGUUAAAAAUUUAGCACCGAGGAAGGACUUGUGAGAUAAGUGAAUAAGAUUUGUGGUAAUUGUACUUUAAGAGCCAGUUUUUUCAUGCAUGUGUUACUAUUUACUGUAAAAAAACUUGGGCAUUUGCAUCACUUCUAGGCUCAGUUAUUUCUCCGAACAUGAUGUUUGAGGCAAUGACUACAUCUACAGGGAACUGCUACUUAAAAUUAUACAAAUGCAGUUUGUACUGUAACAAUUUGCUGUGGACUAGUUUUGUGUACUUCAGGUUGUAGAUGUCAAUAACAUGUGUUGAGUUCCAUUGAUAUGGGAAGUAGAACUUUUUAAGGUAAAUGCUGGUAAUGAUCAUAAACAUGAUAUGAUUGCAGAUAAUGUUUAUAUAUGUUCAGUAUUAGUACAGUGAACCCUCAUCUAGUGUGGCCCUUGGUACCUUGUUGAGAACUUCUUUUAUUAUUGAAGGUUUAGACCUAAUGGUUUCAGUUUGAAAUCCAAGGCAGUACUUUACAUAAUGAUUAGAGUGUGCCUUUGUAUCAUUUUCCACAUUCUUAAUGAAGCAGUUAAUAUUUUUUACUCUUUCCAAUCAAAUUCAGUGCAGUUGUGAAAGAGCAGUGUAUGUCUGUCAUUUGUAUCAAAGGAAAAUUAAAAUGUUGAAUAUUUUUUACAUUUUAGUAGCCCUCACUACUUGAUCUGUAUUCCUUGUCUAUGCUUUCACAGAUUACUCUUAGUAUAUCAUGAUUUAAAGGCAAUGCUUCUUUCAUUAUGGGGGUGGAAACAAAGAGACAUUGCUUUAUCAUUACUUGUGUUUUUUGCUUGCAAAUUGAUUGUUAUUUUGUGGUACAGAAUUGCAUAUAAUGGUUGAGGUACUUUGUUUAAAUCUCUGAAGAAUAGUUUGAAGAAUCCCCUCUAGUUUACCCUCGGGUUAGUCUGUAAAGUACAGCUUUAUUGAGAUUGAUCAGACAUAACAGUUGGUAAGGUUAAGUAGCAAAGGUUCAAACUGUAUAAGAAAAUAAAAUUGCAUUUUUUCAUCCAAAGAGGUGACAAGAAGUAGCUUUGUACAACUUAAUAAUUUUGAAAAUCUUGCCGUUUGAUAAAAUAGCAUUUCAUUAGGUUUCCCAUUACAGCAAAUAAUACGUCUAUAAAUUGGAUUAUAUAUGUGGUAUGAUCUGUCUGUUAGCAGGAUUAUACAAUGACUGGUAAAUGAAAUUCUACAACUGUUAAUGAUUCCAUUUACUAGAUUCUGGCACAUACACUGAAGUAGACAAUUUAGAUAUCCACUUAGCUAGCAUUGAGGUUUCAAGUUUUAUUUUGUCUCCGCAGUAUGUUUUCAUGUCAAAGUUAGAUUCUUUGCUUAGUAUCUAAAGUAAUCCUUCUCCACCAUGAUAGCUAAGUACUAAGUGUGUAGCACAUGGCUGUUUUAAGAUAGUUUUUUUUUUUUUCCAUUAGUUCAUACUUAAGUUUUUUACACUUAAUAUUAAACCACACGUAUACCCCCUAAUAUCGAAUUCACUUUAUCUUGGGAUUAACUUUCACCCAAAGAAAGUUAUUUAUAAGAGAAUGUGUUCUAGUUAGGAUUCAAACCUAUGCCCUGUGGGUAUGAUGCAGUUGUAGAAAGUUGAUUUAUCCCCAGAACUAUAAUGAGAGAUAUACAGCAAGACUGCUUUACAUAUGUUAAAUUCAGGAGAUGGACAUAGAAUCAAAUUCAACCCAUCACCACAGUAGCUAAGUACCAAGAUUGUAAUAUUUAGCUAUUAUAUGAUAGUUUUGUCACUGAUUUAUAGGUUUCACAUACUCAAACAUUAAGCCAUAGGUACCCAUUAACACUGAAUUUACCUUGGCAAUAACUUAUGUACACCCAAAGGGAAAUGCAUGAUGGCUCUGCCCCAACCAAGAUUCAAACUAAGCUCUCAAGAGAGUUACAUGUUGAUUUUAACCGUGCUGUAUGUGUUCCCGUUGAAUUCAGGUUCUGUACUUCGAAUUAAAAUUAACCCCGCUCCUCCGUGAUAGCUAAGAGCUAAAUUUGUAAAAUGUGGUUUGACAAUCAUUAUAUGUAGUUAUGUUAGCUAUGCAGAAUGAGGGUUUACUGUGUAGAUAGGUUAGAAUUUAAAGGGAUGCAUACAAACCUACACAAAAUAAUUAAAUAAAGACAGGGAAUUAUGCCACUAUGCUAGUACAGGUAUACCAGAUUCCAUGAGCUGGAAUUUUAAAUAUUACUCUUAUUUACUUCGUAAAAUCAGUUGGUCUGUACUACAAUGGUAAUAUUUGGUAUUUCAAGCUUUAAUUAAACAAAAACUUGAGAACCACAGUAAUUAAUCCUAGAUGAGAUAGAAUGCUCUUGAUUUCUUUUAUAAUAUGAGGAAUUUAAAGUGAACAUUUACCAUCAAAUUAUUGAACUAUAAAAUCUUUACCGUAAAUAUUUCUCUCUCUCUCUCUCUCUCUCUCUCUGAUUUUUAAUGUAUCGCAUCUUAAUUGUUUGAAGGUUAUAAAACUAAAAAAAAAAUUUCUCUUAUUUUAUGUUCUGUGUAUUACUGUAUAUGCAUCUUGUCAGCCUACCCUCUCUAAUUUUGUGAUAUAAGCGUAAGCUGUGUUAGUUAAGAUUUGAGGUGAGUGCAAGAUGUACCCAUAAAAGGUCUGUUGAGAAUGACGGGAACGUAGCAGGAAUCAAAUGGUUUUUGUUUGAUGAUCCAAAAAAUGAAUUAUUGAUGAUGUAUAGUUAUUUCAGAUCGUACAGGUACGAAAUUAGAGCAGUGAAGCCAUGAGUAUGCAAUCAUCCUUUGGCAUAAAUGAGGUUGGGGUUGCAAACUGGUUUUUCAUUAGUUUUAAAACUGACAGGACAAUUUUUUUAUUGAUUUGAAUUAGGAUUGUAUUUUCUUUUGACGUUAUCUUGAUGAUGAUGUGAUUUUCAUGCUUAAGAGUUUUUUAUAUUAAUAUACACAUAGAUAUAAAAUGAAUAUGUAAUGCUAGUAAGUGCAAUGUAGGAUUUUGGCAUCUGAAGCUUCAGUGGAUUUGUAUGCUUUUUGGAUGGAACAGUGUUAAGUGAUUAUAGCUGGAUUUAAAUAAAAUGACUAUUUGUUUAUGUGUUUGUAUAGGUAUGUGUACAUAUUUUCACGUGAGGCGCUCUUCAGUUAGAAACUGUGUGCAAAAUUUUUAUUUUACAUAUGAAGUUUAAGUACAUUACCUCACGAUAAGUAGCAGGUUUUUGAUAGAUCCUGUUUACUUUUUUUUCUCUAACAAUUGCAGGACAUUUUGUUGCAUUAUUGCAUUUUGUAUGUUUAUCUCAUAUUUUUUGUUUUUUCCCAAAUAUUUUUUUGCAAAUAAGAUAACAAGAAAUUUUAA